UGAUGACUCCAGUGCUUCCUAAAGGAGAGUGAAGUGAUGAUCUAUAUGCCUCUACAGCUGAAUAUAUACAGCACUUGUGUACUGUAUCAGGGAACCUGAACUCACCCACACAUAUACAGCUGUUACUUCAUGAAAGUCAGGACACUGUUAACAGCAUAAAGUCCCAUUACUAGGAAAACAGGUUUCCUGUUAUCCUAUGACGCAUCCAUAUAUACAGAGGCAUAUAUACAUACGCCUCAAGAAUGACCACAUUAUGAGGCAAAAUGUUUGUUAAAGGUUACAAUAAAGGUGAGGCAUGUUAAUGUAUAAUUGUACUAGAUUCAUCCUACCUCUCAAGUUUAGGGCAUAGAAUCAGAAUGACUCCAAUGGCAUUAUGUACCAAUACAAAGUUCAGUGACUUCAUCCAUGUCCGAUGGAUGCAAAUACAGUAUGUAUGGCUGGAAUUUAGUUUAACUCUUAACUCUCAGUCCUAUUUCUAUUUCCUAUUAAAAGUAUUUCCUGUUUCUACUUGUCACCUAGACUAUAUGCAUGAUAAAUGGGACAGAAAAGCUGAGCUGGAAUGGGUUAUACUCAUAAUUCAGACAUUUUUACAAAAGUUUUGUCCUUAUUUUCACUGCCAGGAAAGACUUUAACUUAAGCAUGCAUUCACAUGUAAUAUACAUAUUAAUUAAAUGCAUGUGUUUAUCCCUAAAGUCAGUCAAAAGAGCAGAGAGGGAGGAAAAACUGUGCAUUAUGACAGAGAAUAAAUCUACUGUUGGUGAUAAAAUUGUAAAAUGAGCAAAGAUGUUGGGUUAAAGUGAGAGUAAGGGGUGGGAUGGGCCAAGGCAAAGAGAAAGAGUAAAUAAAAGAACAAAGAUUGGGAGAAAAGAGAAACAAGAUGGGAAAAGUUUGGAAUAGUGAGAAAGAAUGACAAACUCUGUAAUUAAAUAAAAAACAGCUAAACAUAUGGACACAAUUAAUGGUGCAGAAAGCUCCAAUAGCAAUUUCAUCUCUGUGUUUGUAGAAAAUCUUUGACGUCUGUAGCCUAAUCUGAAAGUUGAAAGCAUAACUCUGAGCGUUUCAGUUCCUUCCCUCCAGAUGCCCUCAAGCGCCCUCAGGCUUGUGCACCUGUGAACCACCAUCUUCAGGUCUUGGCCAAACUAUUGUCUUGGCUAUUUGCUUUGGGUUAUCGUGGUACUGAAGAUAUCAUGUCUUUAUAACAGGUUUUUGUCUCUACAUUUGACAACAUUCACUGUUGCUUCAGGUCUGAGCUGUCUCCCUCUCCUUGUUAUUGAGAACCAACCCAUAGCGUGAUGCUGCCUCUGCCAUGCUAUCACAAGGAUAAACUGAGUGGUGUUUCAUCAACAUGCUUGGGGAUCUUCUGGGAGUUGGAUAAGACUGGAGAAUCUUCCUACUUCCCGUCAAAGUCCUUUUACAGACUGUUUGGUAAACUGGAGUAGGUCAUCACCCUCUGUGUAAUUGCUCUGCAAUUAAAAGCCUGAUUCAUAAAGUUCUGCUGUCCUUAUGGCAGUUCUCCCAUCUUCUCCCAUCAUUAUCUUGGACUGACCAGUUUGUGGCCUCCCCACUGACCAAGACCCUUCUAGCUCAGUUGACUACACAGACAGUUUGUUGUUUCAAACUGCUUUCAGUUAAAGUGUCUUUAAAUACUAGAAGCUAUGAGUGUUUUUAUACCCCUGUUCUACAGUAUAUCAUAAUAUUUAACUGCAGACGUCUGCCAUGAGUGGGCUCCAGUCAACAUAACAAUGUUUGAUUUUUGAAUAACAAGCAAUAAUGAAAAAAAAAAAAAACAAUGACGAUUUGCCCAUUCAAAAUUAGUUCUAUGUCACAAUAAUAUGCCUUUAAAAAAGGCAGGCUGUAGUCCCUCAGUUGUUUAUUGUGUCGAUGUGUUGCACUAGCUUUGAGUCACUUGUAUUUAAGUAACCAGCAGAUGUAGACGGAGACAUUUCCAGUCAUUGAGAGAUGCUGUUCAUGUUUGAACAGAUUAGGACCACCUUAUAAGUAAUUUCGUGUUAAUUUGUGUGUGUAUUUGUGUGUACAUGCUCUAUGGUGGUUGCUGUGUAUCGUCAUCAGACAACCUCACAGUACAAGUGUGUGGGGAACAAGUUCACACAAGUCCAUCUUUGUCAUUAUGUCAGUCACGUAGGACAAAUGUUGACAUAUCACAGAUAUCAUAUUUCUAGUUCUGUUACUUUCAUUUUUAUUUUAGUUUUUGUUUUGCUGUUUCCCCUUUUGUAUACCUCUUUACUUUCCCACACCUAUUUCAGUAUAAGCCAAAUUUGCGUAACGGCUGAAACAAUCACUCUCUUUCAUCAGUAAAGCAGUCAGCAUACAGGGAGGAGCAAAGGCUGGUAUGUCUGUGUGGAUGUGCUACAGUGGGCGUUUACAGGGCGUGAGGACUUUCGAAAGUGACAGAUUUGGAGGGAUGCGCGUCUCUAAUGGAGAAAUGGCAAGACACACAACAGGACUUCAUGAAAGAUUCUGACUUUCCCCGUCCUCUGUGAUUGUAACCAAACAUCUAGACCAUCAUCGCUCUACCUCUGCUGUUCUAGCAAUAGAACAGAGAUGUCAAACUCAGCGCCCAACUCAAGCGUCGUGCAGGAACCACUUUUAUGUCCCCAGCUUCAGAUCAUGAGGAACAGUACAAGCAACAAAAACAUGCAGGUCAAUUUGACAGUGGUUUGCUUCCAUGGUCUGCUCUCCUGCAUGGGGAUUUUGGAGAACGCCCUGAUCAUCUGGGUCGUGGGCUUCCGUCUGAGACAUCGCACUGUGGCCUCCGUCUGGGUGCUCAACUUGGCCAUUUCUGACUUCCUGGCCACUCUGACACUUCCGCUCUUCACGACCUACCUUAACUCCCUACAUAGCUGGGAGAUGGGCAACCCGCUUUGCAAAGCACAGGCUUCCAUCUUUUUCUUCAACAUGUUUGUGUCAGCUUUCCUGCUCGCCGCCAUUUCACUGGACCGCUUGCUUCUGGUGGUUAAGCCAGUGUGGAGCCAGAAUCACCGAUCAGUGACGGGGGCGUGGAAGGUGUGUAUAUUGGGCUGGCUGUGGGCAGCAAUUAACACACUGCCUUACACCCUGUUCCGCUCAGUGAUUGAGACAAAAGAUCAGAGGAAGCUGUGCUAUCACAACUUUGCCUUGUAUUUAUCUUCUGAUGCCACACUGGACAGAGAGUGCAACUUGAGGCAGACAACCACGGCCAUCUCCAAGCUGCUGCUGGCGUUCCUGUUCCCCCUGGUGGUGAUUGCUGGGAGCUACAUCAAAAUAGGUCUGAGCCUGAGGAGCAGGCACAUGAGGAGGAAGCAGAGUGUAAGCAGAAUAGGCGACACACUCAUCACAUCAAACAGAGAAACAAGGUCAGUUUUUGUGGCCACAAAAACUACCCACUUCCUCCUCAAGCCUCAAACAAUCUCGACAGAAAGUACCUCGUCUCCAAACACGUCUAAUGAGUCCAGUCACAACCAGCUGUCACAGAGUUUCACCAGAAUGGUCACAUCGUUGAUCGCAGCAUUUGUACUGUGCUGGGCUCCUUAUCAUGUCUUCUGCCUGAUUGAAGUGACAGCCCAAUAUAAAAGAGAAAAUCUCAAACUGGUGCAAGUGGGGCUGCCCAUAGCAACAACCUUUGCUUUCUUAAAUCCAGUGCUGAAUCCCAUCCUGUACGCCUUCAGCUGCCCACACUUCUGGGUGAGAAUACGGCAAAGUCUAGGAGCAGUCUUUGACGGACUGGUAGAGGAAGGAGGGGGCUUACUGACUGUCCCAGGCAAGGGCAUUAGAGCUCAUAUUAGGCAAAAGAGCAGUAGGGAUGUAGACCUCGCUACGCCGGGGUCACAGAAGAAUUCAUAUGCGCCCUGUCAGACACCCAUCCCAUCACCUUUGCUCCCUGAACGCCUCAGAGACAGACACAUAGAUCAUACAGGAUGUUCAAAAGUUUACGUGGAAUGAGAUGGCUAUGAGAUGUGUUAGUUCGAUGGAAGCCCUUCAGGUUUGAAUAUAUGCCUUUGGGCCAGACAUAUUAUAUCUCAAAAUCUAUUUGAUUCAUGCAAAUAAAUUUUAGACAGACAUUUGUUAGCCCAAAGGUAAAACCUUACUGACUUUUGCUUUUCCUCUUGUGUCACUGGUGAUGUGAUUUAUGGACAUAAAUACAAAUAUCUCAAAAGUUAUUGAAUGGUUUGUUACAUGUUCCCAUCCAGUUCCAUCGUUUGGUUACCAUUUCUGGCUCACGGCUGCAGUGGUAUAUUUAAUAUCUUUUAUGGUUAAAUAGAUUGAAUUGCUGUUAUCAUCAUAUGCAAAUAUGAAACAAGGGACAUUUAGUCAUUAUGACACGGAAGUAAAGUAUCUUAACAUUUCACGCAUGGACCUUGUUAAAAAGCAAUAAACAUACAAGACUUAUAACUAUAAACCUUCAUAACAUAUAAAAUUACAUUUGUUUUUCACCAGCAUGGCAGACUACAGACCUCACGUCUAUCUGAGCUGGCACUGGUUGAGAGGCUGACACAGAGAGACAAGUGCACACCUACAGCACCAGUUUGUUUGCUUGCCUGCAAUCUGGCUGAGCACCUGACAGGCCUCAGGUAGAAAGGCCCCAGCUUUUAACCAAGAAUCUGCAGACAAAUCUGACUACAGUGACAGAGCUAAGCACUACACUUGCUUUCGUGCUAACUGUCACAAUAUGCUAGCAAGCACCAAUGCCAAAGUAAGAUGUGAACAAGAUAAAAACUAUACCAUUGCUUUUGUGAGCAGGCUUAGCGUGCUGAUAUUAGGAUUUAGCUCAUAUCAGCACGCUGAACUAACAGUAGUUCAACUGGAUGUACUAGCAAAGUUUAGUUUACCUUUGUAGUGAAUUUUCCAUGGUAACUUUUAUGAGGUCAGAGUUUCUGUUUGUCCAUUAGAUCAAAUACCUUUCUGUUAUGUAAAGAUAAGCAAAUAUCAGCACUUGACUUAGUCAUUUAUGGGUGUUAAGUUAAGCUUCAUAAUGUCCUUGUUGACUGUACAUUAUGCAUCUAUGAUCCUAUACCAAUAUUUUCACUUUGACAACAUGUAAAUAUUUAUUUUUCACUGCACUGAAUGGCCCCACUCAUCGCUCUAAAUGAAAAUUCAAGUUUUGUUUUGUUUUUUACCUCAUCGACUUGUUUUCUCAGUCCCUUCAAUUAACUUUUACUUUCUUAUAAAAGUUGAUUUCUUAUAAGGCACCAGUGACAUGAAGGUGUGUCUUAUCUCAUUGAGAAGUGCGUGCAUAUGCCGUGCAAAAAAUAAUCAUCAUCUUGUAAAAUAUUGUGUAGAUUUAUUAGCCCAAAAUAUUCAAUAAAAGGAAAAUCAGACCGUG